UUACUGCUGUUACUGCCAGGAAGAGGGUGUGGACUUAACUGGCUGGUUAAACAUUCCAGUGUCUAAAUACAGAACCCUUCCUUUCUCUCAUUCAACAGCAACUGACUCAGACCACAGAGGAAAGCUACUGGUAAUCUCUCUGUCUCUGUCUCUGUGUCUCUCUCUGUCUCUCUUUUGGAGAGCUAACAGCUUCACCUAACUGCCCAGGAUACUCUUCUAACUGCCCAGGAUACCAUAACACCAUGGCUCCCCUGCUGUUGCCCUUGUUGUCUCUGAUUUCAACUCUCUACCUGGUGGCCCAGGGACAGGAGCAGCCUCAACCCAUAGAGGAGGAACCCAUCACAGCGAAGAACAUCCAGCCCCUGGGUGGCUGGUUCAGCAGAGACCCUGAGAGCCUGGAGGUGCAGACCGCUGCUAAAGCUGCUGUGGACAACUUUAACAUCCAGUCUAAUGCCAGGAAAUUAUUCAGACUGAUCAAUGUCAUCUCUGCUGAGACUCAGGUGACUAACAUGAUCAACUACAGGAUAGAGGCGAUCAUCGGGAAAACCAAGUGCCUGAAGACAGAGAACAACUCAGAUGUGGAGUCCUGUGUUCUGGGGAAAAAGCGUCUGACAUGUACGUUUGAGGUGUGGUUUAACCCUCGUAAUGACAAGCACGAGAUCUCCACCACCUCUUGCCAGAAGCAAAUCUGACUCCAGAUCAGUUUCAACCAGAAACUACAUGAUCUGUCCUCUUCCUCCUGUAAUAAGUAACACUGACUCUGGACCAGUCAUCACCGUCUAUUGACAACCAUCAUUGAAUGACUUGACUUUUCAAAACAGCAUAGAUUUCUUGUUGUGAUUUUGUUUCUAAUAAAAUUGUUUUCAACCGACAA